GUCCACAUUCAAUCUUCAGUUCGCGCUCGGACUGGGUUGGACUGCACUACCCGUGGGAUCGCCUCCGCGCUUCUGGCCUCGAUGGUGGGGACUGUGGGGACCACGUUGAGCCCCGUCUUCUUGCUCUGGAUUCUGCCACAGCACUCCGCCUGGGCUGCGCCUCUCGGUGAGUUCGGUGCUAUCUCUCUUAGCUAUAAAUUCACCAUUACUCCUGAUGGACAACCAUGGUGUAAGAUUCAAGGCCAGAUCAAUGGAAAUGAAUUUCUUGAUUAUAACUGUAAUAGCCAGAAGAAUGCCACAGAGGUCUGGGAGAGACAGACUAAAACUCUAAAAGGCCUGAUGGGAGAGCUCAAAAAGAACCUGCUUGACAUUAAACCAGAAAUUAUUAAAAUCAUUGGGAUAGAUUCUUUCUCCCUGCAGGGCACCAUGAUGUGUAAGCAGGAAUCCAAUGGACACAACAAUGCAUCCUGGAAGUUUGGCUUUAAUGGACAUAAAUCUCUCCUCUUUAACGUGGAGAACAAAAGCUGGACAGUGUUGCGACCUGAAGGGCAACCGUUAAAGGAGACAUUGGCCAGUGACAGAGCUAUGACUGGUGAACUUGUUAGUAUCGCUACUCAAGAUUGUAUAGACUGGCUUCAACAAGUUUCCGGAACCCAGGGUGAAGUUCUGAGCACAAAAGCUCCAUCAACCAUUGCCGCAGCCACAGUUCCGUCCAAGGCCACAACCAGCAUGCCCAUCAUUUCGAUCCUCCCUGUGAUCCUCACCGGCUUGAUCAUAGCUGCCGAUGCGACCAAGGAGGCCCUGGUGGUGUGGACCAUCUCAGCGACUCUGCCUUUGCUUGGCUGCCUCUGGAUGACCUGCUGCUCCUUUUUAGAACACGAGGAGUUCAAACCUUCUGUCCAGAGACCAGGAUCAGAUCAGGAUGAGACAGUAGAGGCAGCAUCUCAUGUCUGUUAUUGCAUUUGCUGAGUAUCCUCCUCAGGGCUUUUUAAACAUAUCAUGUCACUUUCUGUGGUGCUAAGAGAUGUCAUUCCUGCAUUUAGACAUUAAUAGCUUUAAUAAGAAAUCUCAACAAAGAGAACAUUUUCCGUCUUUUUUGUGGAAGAUCAGAUACAUCUCUGCAUCUGGACUUUUCAAAAAGUGCCAAACCUCAGGACUUCUUUCUGUCCACAAAAACAAGUAUAUAUUUUAAAAUAACAAAAUUAUAUUUACAGUUGUUUCCAUUAGUAGCUUAUAACAGUAUAUUUAAAUAAACAUGUUUAUAUUCUAAAAAACUUAAAGCCUUUGUAGUUUUGUAUUAUUCCUUUUUUAGAGAAUU